AUGUGGUCCAGCGCCAUUGCAGUCCUUUUUCUGGCAUCGGCCUCUUCAGCUGCUUUCUUUGACCUGCUUGUCCGCGCGACCAAACCUUGUCCGUCGGUCGCUGAUACCAUUAUCGCGACAUCGACCUUGAGUGUCGUCGUACCACCCGUUACCGUCACUGUUACUCCCAGCGUUCCUCUGCCCACAGCCUCUGACCUGCCACCCACCGGAUGCCUGAGUGAUGCCCAAGCGACAGAUAUAGUCAGUGCGUGGAAGACUAUCCUGACCUCGCCAGACCGGGCGAGCGCAAGCGCCGCAGCUCAAGCAUUGAUUGCGGACGAGUACCUGGAAACAAGUGACUCGAUCAAUUCUCUCGCCGGAAAUUCGUUGGGAAAUGCCACCUUCUCUGAUAAGGACAGCUUCAUCGCCGCCGUACUGAGCAACCCACCUAUUCCACUCUUGACCACCCUGGACCUUUUCCACGACUGCAGUCGAAUUGCCUUCUACUGGGCUGCCAGUGGAGUCGGGUCAGGAGUCCAGGACGUCAGAGGCGUCGAUCUGCUAUACGUUACGGACGAUAGGGAGCAUAUCAAUAUGGCCAUGGUCGAGUUCAACAGUCUGGCAUGGGCGAAGGAUGUGGGAUGGCAGAUUGUGAGGGCGAAUGGAACAAAGUAUUAG